CCACAUUUCAGCUGAUUUGUUGAAAUGACAUUUCAGUUGACUACAUCUUGCAGGGUCUUAAUUUCUCAAUUUUGGAGAUCUGUGAAAUUGACUAAUCAACAAUGGAUUUUCUGGCCAGAAGGAAGUUAUGUUUGUAAAUCAGUAUGUUUUGUGUUGUAAAGCCACAUUCAUUUUCGUACUUACAUACAAGCACAUACAAGAUACAAGCAAAAUUUGAGGAUAUCACAGGUCAAGGUCAUCGUGAUCACGUGAUCCAUCGAACAUGUGAUUAAUCGUGGUUUAUGUAUAGUGGUCCAUGUUUUAAAUUCUAAAAACAAUGCAAAUUCAAGAAUUCAAGUGAAUCAUUCAACUGAUAACUCAUCUUACUGCUAUUUUUAUGAGGAUAUAGUGGUUCAAUUUUCUAGGAGCUUAGGGUAGGCAUCGAGCUCUAAAUUACAAUGCAGUUUUUAUUGAAAAUAGUCAGUUGGAAAGGUAUUGCCAGUACGGUAGUGGUUGGCUCUAUAAUAUACGGCUUGAAGAAGUACUUUGGAGGUGGUGUUUGCUACUGUAGCACAAGAUUAGAUGGUCAAGUUGUUGUCAUUACUGGUGGAAAUUCUGGCAUUGGAAGAGCUUUAUCUGUAGAAUUAGUGAAUAGAGGAGCUACUGUUGUUUUGGCUUGCAGAAGCAUCGAAAAGGGCCUUGAGACAAAAACACAUAUUUUGUCAAAGAAUAGAAAAGCAAAAGUAUUUGUUAAACACUUGGACUUGUGUAGUUUUUCCAGUGUUGUUAAAUUCUGUGAUACAUUGAACUUGGAAUUUAGUGAGAUAUAUGGCUUGGUGAAUAAUGCUGGAGUCUUUUAUCAUCCACAUGGUACAACAGAGGAUGGUUUUGAGGUUACUCUACAAACUAAUUAUUUAGGCCCUUUUAUCCUAACUCAUCAUUUACUUAAGUUAUUGAAGCAGUCCAUUCAUGCUAGGGUUGUUAAUGUUGUUUCUGAUGAACAUAGAAGAGUGAGCAUUAACCAAUUGAUAGCAAUUACUAAAAAUCAGGCUGAUUUCAAAGGGCAUUUUGUCCAUUAUGGUGCUUCUAAGUUGGCAUUAGUCCUGUUUACAAGAGAGCUGGCAAGAAAAUUGCAGAACACAAACGUUAUAGUGAAUUCGGUCGAUCCAGGCAACGUAGAAACUGCGAUCUACCGCAACUUUUUCCCAUUGAGCAAUCCUUUGCUGUACGCUCUCCAGUGGAUUAUACGGGUGGUUGUCGUGAAGACUCCGACCGAGGGUUGUCAGACGCUGUUGCACGCAUUGCUUACACCGAACAGAACUACAGGCCAGUACUACUCUGAUUGCAAAUUGGCAUUAUCCAGCCCGAUCGCCGCAGACGAACGCAUUUGCAGGGAGUACUAUCAACUGACGCUGGAAGUGCUAUCCAAUUGGUUUACUACUGAGUCUGAGUGCUAAGUUUGAGACAAUGAUGAAGCAGUGGACGUCUCCUGAAAACAAAAUCAAGAAGGAGGUUUUAGUCCCAGGAAAAUUUGGUAACAAACCUUCUGAAUGGUGUGAAUGUACCAUUACCAUCACAGAAUGUCCCCAAUUACAAAAUAUCAAUAAAGUAGUGAGAGUAGGCGAUAGUGACGGCGAACUCUGGGGUGCCAUAGACAUAGGACUGAUGACUAUGUUCGAUAAAGAAAAAGCAAAGUUUAUAAUAGAUGUCAAUGGUACUCAAGUACCACUGAUUUUGGAGUUGCACAGUUUCAAAACUAACGGAUUGAUAUACGAGUGGGAUGCUUCUAAAAAAUAUGAAAUAGCAGUCCACCAUAAAGAGAAAGGAAACGAGUUUUUCGCCCAAAAUAAUAACAGAGACGCUGCAUUUAGAUUCACGAAAGCAUUGAAAAUCAUUUCAUUGGUUCCCAUAGAUGUAGAGGAACCCCCUGAAGAAAUCGACGGCGUCACCAUUGAAAACAUCAAUCGUCUCAAGGCGACAUUGUUCAAUAACCUUUCCACAUGCUACUUCAGGAAUCAAAUAUGGAGUAUGGUUAUAGACAUGUGCAAUAAGGUACUAUCAUAUGAUACAAAUAAUGUAAAAGCACUUUAUAAACUUGGUGUCGCCUAUGAGAAUGAUAGGAACUUUGAGAAAGCUUAUGAGGCUCUUACAAAGGCCUUGAAGUUAGAUCCUGGCAACAAGGCUAGUGCUGAACAUUUGGUAAAUAUUAAGGAGGAGUUAAAGAAGGCUGAAAAUAGGGUAAAUAAUAUGAUGAAAAAGAUGUUUGUUGGUGCGUUACAGAAUUAGUUUUAGUUUUUUUUAAUAAAUAGUGUUAAUGUUUCAGACUGUUUUGUUAAUGAAGUAUUAGUUUAUUAUUAGUACAUAAUAUUCAACUUUGUCGUUUCUUGUUUCCUAAGAGAUAUAUUAAUAGGCGAGUGUCGAGCCACCACGAUCCACUUAAGAAGGAAUUGUAUCCAAAACUCAAACAUUUGAAUUUGAUUUAUUCUUCAGAUGUGACAUUGAUCUUUGAUUUUAAUACUCAUUCGGAAUUAACCCGUUCUUGCGAUUGCCCGUAUCCAAAAAGGUGCUUUAAUUUGAAUAACAAAAGCCGACUUUGAUAUAACCUUGAAGGUGAGGCCGAAGGUCAAAUCCAAGGUCACCAUAAUAUUCCUUGUUCAAAGUUAGUAUAGAUCUGACCAUGACCUUUUUUCAAAAAUACUGUUACUAUCGUAGAAUCAGACAACAGUGAGAAUGGGUGAAGGAUCCUGAUGUGUGCGAUAAACGUUUAUGCUGUAUGGGCUUUUAUCCACGUAAAAGCGCUCAAAAGGUGAGUGUAGGCUGAGUCGCUUAGCAAAAAUGUGUUUAGAUCCCUGAUGUUCCACCCCCACUCAUCAGUUGCCAUAAGAUCGUUCCUCCCGUCUUUUUGCUAAUCGAAAGUUGCCAGGAAUGAAAAAUCUCUUUAUAUAGGAUUUUUAGGUAUUUUUGAGACCUACAAAAUGAGGCUACACGUAAAAAGAUCCGACUAAUACCAAAAAAGUUAUGACCGAAAACCGAGGCAAACUGCAGGUUUUGGCACUUGUAGGUAAUGCGACGAUGGUUUCUUGCAGAUGCUUGAAAUUCUUCAAAUUCGCACUUCUAAAUAACCACAACAAAAUUUUAUAGAUUGGUAUAGUAGUUUUUUAGAAUUUCUAAUUGUUUAUCCCAAAACACCUGAUUUCCGGCCAUCAUUACUAGUUUAUUGAGCAAUAUGCAGGGUUAGUUCAAAGGGCAUUUUAAGGCAAAAUACACUAGUUUACCUUGCCGAUAUGAAUCGCAAACCAUUCCGGAAGAUAAAUGUUAUUUUUAUGCAAAAAAUGUGUUACGUUUUUUCUUCUAAACAAAUUCAAACAUUUCGUAUUUGUGAGUAAUUCGCAACAAAAGAUGUUAGAUACAUCCGUUUUGUUUUAAACUAUGUAUAGUAACGUAUGUUUUUCGAAUAUCGUAGCGCAUUUGUUCAAU